AUGUUGCGCGCGUGUUUCGUGGGCUUGGUGUUCCUGACUUUUCUUCAAAAACUAAAACUCGGAACUUGGAUAGAGCAAGAUGAAAUGGACCUCUUGACUUACCUUACGGAUACAUCGUACAGAUACUUUUGGUCUCAGAAGUCUCGUGGCUGGCCCGUUGGCCGCGUCCUUCUGAUGGCUCGUCUCGUCGCAUUCGCCAAGUCGAAUCCUACGCAAUACACACGGCAAGCCGUCAUGGACCACCAUCUUUUCUCUCUGUCUCCAUCGACCAUCCAGACUGUUCCUCGCGGCUUCCCGCUGCUGCAUCCGCUGCACUACCACUGUGAUGGUCUCGAUGCCCACUUUGAUGCUUCUCCUCCUCGUCUCUCCGUAGUGAACGGAUACCUCCCACCCCCGGCUUCUACCCUACCUACCUUAGUGCUGUUCUUCCCAUGCUUCUAA